GACGUCAGCGGGGCGGAAGGACGCGAUAGCGGGGCGGAAGCGACGUCAUCGGCGGCGACACAAGCCCCAGAGAAAGGCGCUGUGCUAUGGAUGAGUUGGCCCAUGACCUGGUCUCUGCCCUGGACGAGGCCCCUGAGCAGAGCCUCCUGGACGGGGAGGUCUGGGAGGGGCCGGCCCUGUGUCCGCGGCAGCAGCACAGGCGCCAGGCCCGGAAGCGAAGGGGCCGGAAACGCCGCUCCAACUCGAACCACUCGCUGGACUACACGCGGUGUUACAGCGAGGUGUCCGGCUCCAGCCAGGACGAGCUGGGGCUGGCUGCGGCCGCCGCCGCCGACACUGACUCGGACGAUGACCGUGCCGUGGUGAAGCAGCUCUCCUCCCUCAACGUCACCCUCAAGGGCAAGGUCCAUAACUGGCACGAGUCAGACUCCUUCACGGAGAAUAGCCCCGGUCAGCCACUCCGGCGACGCCGCAAGGUCAAGCGCGUGACCUCGGGGGGCGCGGGGGACGUCAGCGCCACGCUCCAGAAGAAGCUGAAGGUAUCACAACCUGGGCCGACCUCGCAGUCUCCCACAGCUCCCCCGAAACCCCCCGGCCAACACAAGAAACAGCGAUUGUCCAAAGCAGCUGGUGUGGAGUCGGGGCUGAGCCCUGAGGGUCACUCUGUCCAGCACAGCUUCCACCUGGAGGGAGGCCGCAAGGAGGCCAUGGACUGUCAAAGCGAGGAACACAAGGCCUCAGACGAGAACAUGACUGACAGUGAUGUCAGCAGCGUCUGCAGCAGCGACGGGCUCUUCACCAACGAUGAAGGACGGCAAGGUGAUGAUGAACAAAGUGACUGGUUCUACGAGGGGGACUGUGACCAAGGAUUCCGGAUUCCCAAGCUGCUGUCUCGCUGUGAGCCCCAGCUCCAAACCCCCCUGGCAGCUGAGGGCCAGGGGGGCGAUCAGUAUGGCUCCCCCGCCUUCCUGUUACCCACUCGCCCAGCACAGAGAGGUUAUCAUGCCCGCUUGAACCGCCUCCCAGGCAUCGCAGCUCGGUGUAUCCGGAAAGGCCGGAGGGGCCUGACAGGCAAGCAGGAGGGACCUGUCGGUGUGAUCCCUAAUGAACGAGUGAGUCACUUUGGACAAGACCCCUAUCAGAAGGAGUUACGGAGAACCUUCUGUGUGAGGGGUCAGUACCGAGAGUGGAGUGUGCUCAACCACCUUCAACCCUUACGGGGGUUUAACCCUUUGGUGCCUCUGUAUCCACUCGACGUUCUGACCGAUGGAUCUCACCGGAGAUGCUCCUCCCUUCAGAACAAAUCCAGACAGACCAGUGUCCACCUGGGCUCACUGUGCACUGGGGAUGUGAAGAGGAGGAGGAAGACCGCCACAGUGACCAGUCCUCCCACAGCAGUGUCCUCCCACCUCGCAGACUGUGAGCUGAAGCUGCAGGAGACAGCAGGCAGCUGCAAGGCCACGCCAAGUAUGGACUGGGUGGAGGAGCAGAGCCAGGCUGGGCCUGUACCUGAGAACUCUACCUCCCUCCCACAGGCAGAGCAGUUAAUCACAGUGUCUCCUGGAGGGAGCAGCCGGCUGUGAGUGUGACCAGCUGACCGACGGGUGGACCCACGCCGCAAUCCCACAGCACUCAGCGGCAGCCUCUCGGGAGGAUGUGGGAACUCGAUAUAAAAUGGCCAGGGAAUGGGAAGCUGCUGCUAGAUCUCUCCGUGACGCUGGUGACUGUGCAGAGGGCGGAGGGGGAGGGACAGAGAGACGGCACUACCAUCCACCUGCUGCUUCAACUCCCACUUCAGCCAACAGCUGCACGUGGAUGGAGCCAAUCUGACACAGUGAGGCCACACGGUCAGCAGCUGGGAUUCGGAGAAGAAAAUGGAAUUAUAGCAGGAGGGGUCUGUACGGUGCUCAGGGUCAACCUUGGAGCUGGAUUCAGAUAGCGCCCGGAAUCAGUUAAUGGUCUUUCCCUUAACUCACCUCCCCCAGAAUAUGGCACCACAUUGUGCACCUGUGCUUCUUAAACAGGAGGGCGUUACACUCACCGGGACGCUGUGCGGUGUGUACGGGAGGGUGUCGCACUCACCGGGACACGGUGCGGUGUGUACUGGACUGUGUUACAUUCACCGGGACGCUGUGCGGUGUGUACAGGAACGUGUUACGCUCACCGGGACACGGUGCGGUGUGUACAGGAACGUGUUACGCUCACCGGGACACGGUGCGGUGUGUACGGGAGGGUGUCACACUCACCGGGACACAGUGAGGUGUGUACGGGAGGGUGUUGCACUCACCGGGACACGGUGAGGUGUGUACGGGAGGGUGUCGCACUCACCGGGACACGGUGUGUGUACGGGAGGGUGUCGCACUCACCGGGACACAGUGUGUGUACGGGAGGGUGUCGCACUCACCGGGACACAGUGUGUGUACGGGAGGGUGUCGCACUCACCAGGACACGGUGUGUGUACGGGAGGGUGUCACACUCACCGGGACACUGUGCGGUGUGUACGGGAGGGUGUCGCACUCACCGGGACACGGUGUGUGUGCGGGAGGGUGUCGCACUCACUGGGACACGGUGUGGGGUGUACGGGACUGUGUUACACUCACCGGGACGCUAUGCAGUGUGUACAGGAACGUGUUACGCUCACCGGGACACGGUGCGGUGUGUACGGGAGGGUGUCACACUCACCGGGACACGGUGCGGUGUGUACGGGAGGGUGUCACACUCACCGGGACACGGUGCGGUGUGUACGGGAGGGUGUGACACUCACCGGGACGCGGUGCGGUGUGUACGGGAGGGUGUGACACUCACCGGGACACGGUGCGGUGUGUACGGGAGGGUGUGACACUCACCGGGACACGGUGCGGUGUGUACGGGAGGGUGUCACACUCACCGGGACGCGGUGCGGUGUGUACGGGAGGGUGUGACACUCACCGGGACGCGGUGCGGUGUGUACGGGAGGGUGUGACACUCACCGGGACACGGUGCGGUGUGUACGGGAGGGUGUGACACUCACUGGGACACGGUGCGGUGUGUACGGGAGGGUGUGACACUCACUGGGACACGGUGCGGUGUGUACGGGAGGGUGUGACAUGGUAACGUUCCCUGUACUAUACGGUUUGCUGAUUUCCCGAUGGACCUUGCUACUGCUGAUGGCUGGGUUUAGUUGAAGGUUCUGUCCAAGCUGACAUCAGGGGG